GUUGUAUUUUUGGCCAAGCAGAUCGUCAACUCAACCACCUCCACUCCACUUCACUCCACCGUCGAAUACAACACAACACCAACACUAUCCAUUCUUUUCUCUCUCUCUCUUCUCUCUCACUCUUCCCCUGUAAUAAAUACGCCCACCUUCCCCUCAUUUUCCUGGGGAUUGCUUCUCUUUAACUCCAUCUUUCUUCUUUCUCUCUCUAAAACUACCUUCUAAACCUAACUUUUAUUGCAAAAACAUUCUCUCUAUCUUUAAUCAACCGCUUUCCACUUUAUCACAUUUUGUUCUAAUCAAUUUUUGAUUUCAAUUCAAUGCUCCAUUUUCUCUCUCUUCGAAUUUCUUCGUUUUUAGGGUUUUGACGGUUUUGUUUAAGGUGUGAAUUCAAUUUUCUUUGAUUUUUUUCGGAAAUGGAAGUGGAGCAAAUUAAAGCUCUGCCUAAUCCUAUGACCUUCGAUGAAGCUUCCAUGGAACGUAGCAAGAACUUCGUUAAGGCUUUACAGGAACUCAAGAAUCUGAGACCGCAGCUUUACUCUGCUGCUGACUAUUGUGAAAAAUCUUAUCUUCACAGUGAGCAGAAACAAAUGGUAUUGGAUAACCUAAAAGAUUAUACUGUACGCGCCCUUGUCAAUGCUGUUGACCACUUGGGCACAGUUGCCUACAAAUUGACUGACCUUCUUGAGCAACAGUCUUCAGAGUUGUCAACCACAGAGCUGAAAGUAACAUGUCUAAAUCAGAAAGUGCUCACUUGCCAUACGUAUAUGGAGAUGGAAGGCCUUAGGCAGCAGCAACUUUUGGCGAUCAUUCCAAGACAUCACAAGCGCUAUGUAUUGCCUAACUCUGUCAACAAGAAGGUACACUUUAGUCCUGCUGCACAGACAGAUCUUAGACAAAUGCAUGUCCAGGCGAGGCCUCGUGUUCAUCCUCCAGGUUCACCUGGAUCAAAAACUCUUUCUUGGCACCUAGGCUCUGAAACAAAAUCUCCUCUAAAAGGGAGUCAUAAGACUGUUUUCAGUGGCUCUGAAGUCCAAAAAGCUUCUCCUAGACCUGCUGUAUUCCAGCUCUUAGAUGAUGAGGAUGGUAUCCGAGCUAAGUCAAUGGGGAUCCAUGCACAGCCGUCUAGUGCAAAUCCAGUGGGUGCUUCUUUGCAACCAUAUGGUGCUGUGCCUAAGGAUCCUGUGACAGGCUCCAAGGUCGUGACACCAUUCAGGUCAUUCGACAACUCUCGGCAAGCAAUUAUUAAGGCUCCUGUUCGUCACAAAAGUAUGCUGUCAGCUUUCUUUGUCAAGCAGAAAACACCAAAGCUCAGGACUGGUAAAGUGGCUUAACUUUCAAUCGAGAAGUUUUUGUGAUUACCAACUGUCUCAAUCAUGAAGGAGUUUCUAUGAGUUGCUAUUAUCUGAUAUCAGAAGUACAAAACCCUUGAAUCAAUUCACUGGAACCUGAAUGAGGCUUUUAUUUUGCUUAUCAACUAGGUGGUGUUUAUGUCCUACUAAUAGAUGAAAGAUAUAGUUAACAGUUGAUUUCUUCUGUAAAAAAAUAAUUUCGUUCUGCACUCCUGUAACCCUAAUAUUGUUUGAUCUGUGGCAUCCAGAUGCCUGUAAAUCUAAUAAUGUGAUAGUCUGUUGUUGAAAUAACCAUGUAUAUCUUGGAGCUUUAAAGUAGGCUCCUUACUAGUCAGUGUUCUUUAUCCAACAAUGUGGAAAUUUGAUAUGUUCACUUGUUCAGUAGUUGAUAAUA